AACAAAUUAUGUUAGGACUAAUUACCUCAAGAAAAUGAUUUUGUAAAUAUUCAAAUGAUCAAUUAAAACUGAUUCAAACUGCAUUGGAUCUUUAUUAUUAUUAUUAUUAUUAUGCGGAGAUUAUAUUGUUUUAUUUUAGUAAUAAUACUACUCAAGGAUGUAUUCAUACAAAUGUCAAAAAUAUCCGAUUUUAUAAAAACUUGUCGACCACAUACCUCACGUAAAUUAAGACACCUUGAUGAGCAGACAGUAACAAUAAUGAAUCAAAAUUCUAAGCCAUGUUGUCUACCAGAGACUUGGAGAGCACGUUUCCAUGUACAGACCGUGAAAGGCGGUCGUUAUUUAAGCCGCCUAGAUCAUGGUGCAUUUCAUAUCACUCACAGAUUAGAUGGUUCUUUAGAUAAUGCUCUGUUAGUCGUUGGCAGAAAUGUUCAUUCUACAGAAUUUUGUAGUAUUAAUCAUACAGAUAAUUCAGUCAUUCUGAAACAUCUCUGUCCAAAUGAUAGUAUACGAUGUUUAAAUACACCAUUUCUUGGUGAACCAAGAUGUAUAAAUGAAAAAGAUGGUUAUAUGCUGAAAAAAUCUCGGCUGUUGAAUGAACGUGGACAAAUUAAACAAAUAUGGUAUAUUGAUAAAUAUGAUAAAGUAUUUGGUAGUGUUGAACGACAUUUAUAUUAUGUACUUCGACAAUAUGGAUUAUGUCAAUUACUACGUUAUCAAAUACAAUGGGGUAAGUAUACUAUGCCAUGGAAAAGUUGUCGAUUAUUUAUAAGACGUGAGCAAACUUAUAUUCCAAUAUCAGGUACAUUUCAACAUCAUUUCAAUCAUUCAUUAGUCAAUGAUUUAUUAUUCUGUUAGUCUUGUAUGCUGUAUAAACACCUUCUAUGUAUAUGUUUGUUUAUAUAACUAAGAAGAUGCCGUAAUCGCUUACUUUGUCUUUAUUAUUAUCCACCAUUGUAGAUUUUAUGAUGGAGAUUCUAUUUUUACGCAAACAUUU